GCCUCGUUUUCAUUUUCUGUCACAACAAUGUGAGAAUCAAAUGAGAAACUGGGUGUAAAAAGGUUUGAGAGAGCUAAAACCUUGAUUCCUAGAAGAGUCUCUGAGCUGACCCAGCGAUACCAGUGGACACAGCAUCCAAAACUGCGGGCAGAUGUGUGGGACAGGCUGGACUCCGCCUCACCAGCCUAAGCUUCUUUUGGUGUCGCCCCCGAUGCGGGAACCACCCUCAGAGCCAACCAGGAGCCCCGCUCGGAGUGGGUGGCUGCGCGGGCCAGCACAGCGAGCCGAACCACGUUAGCAGGAGGAGAGGGCGCGCCUGCUGGCCAGAGGGCCAAUCAGAGCAAGGGAGGUAAGCCGGCCUGCUCCAGUGGCCACUCAGGCGCAGACUGACGCGCUGCCUGCUCCAGGACUGGGCGAGCUUUCUGCCAAUCAGGGGCGGAGCAAGCGGGGACUCAGCCAGUAGCGGGAGGCGAUCGCGUCAGCCCGCGGCCUUGCGGUCCGCGCGGUGCCCGGCUAGAAUCUGGGUUGGCUGAGAGCGGCCUCCCCCAGGCCCGCGCGCUCUGCUCUCUUUGCCCCUCGGUCCGGCCCGCCGGCCGUGUUGCGUCAUGCCAGGCGUUGCUCCGCGCUAGUGCCGGGUCCGCUGCCGGCCUGCCCGAAGCCGCGCCCACUGCCUAGAGCCAAAGGGAUGGUGGUAGUCACGGGGCGGGAGCCAGACAGCCGUCACCCGGACGGUGCCAUGUCCAGCUCCGACGCCGAAGACGACUUUCUGGAGCCAGCCACCCCGACGGCCACACAGGCGGGGCACGCGCUGCCCCUGCUGCCCCAGGAGUUUCCUGAGGUUGUCCCCCUUAACAUUGGAGGGGCUUACUUCACCACACGACUGUCCACCCUGAGGCGCUACGAAGACACCAUGCUGGCUGCCAUGUUCAGUGGGCGCCAUUACAUCCCCACUGAUGCUGAGGGCCGGUACUUCAUUGAUCGGGAUGGCACGCACUUUGGAGACGUGCUCAAUUUUCUGCGCUCAGGGGACCUGCCGCCCCGGGAACAUGUGCGGGCCGUGUACCGAGAGGCCCAGUACUACGCCAUUGGGCCCCUGCUGGAACGGCUGGAGGACAUGCAGCCACUGAAGGGGGAGAGAGUGCGCCAGGCAUUCCUGGGACUCAUGCCCUAUUACAGAGACCAUUUGGAGAGAAUUGUGGAGAUCGCCCGGCUCCGCGCAGUGCAGCGGAAGGCACGCUUUGCCAAGCUCAAGAUCUGUGUCUUCAAGGAAGAGAUGCCCAUCACCCCCUAUGAAUGUCCACUCCUCAACUCCCUGCGCUUCGAGCGGAGUGACAGUGAUGGGCAGCUUUUUGAGCACCAUUGUGAAGUGGACGUGUCCUUUGGGCCUUGGGAGGCUGUGGCUGACGUGUACGACCUGCUGCACUGCCUGGUCACGGACCUGUCAGCCCAGGGCCUCAUCGUGGACCACCAGUGCAUUGGGGUGUGUGACAAGCACCUCGUCAAUCACUACUACUGCAAGCGCCCCAUCUAUGAGUUCAAGAUCACAUGGUGCAACAGCAGAGGAUGCCUACAGGACCCCACUGAGAAGACAAGUUAACUUCAUCCUCUACCCUGGGAAGGAGGUAUCAAAAUUUCCCUGGAAACCAAUUUCACCAAGAGCUGCCUAACAAAAAUAUGAGCUUCCCUGGUGAGCUGACCACAUCACUAUUGGCUGAAAUGAGGGUGGCAUUAUUUACAUGGCACUCCCAUAAAUAAGGCAGAAUGUAUCUGCCUCCAUAUUCAAGGGCUGUUCUGCCCAAUUGCCUAAUAUUCCUCAGAGUCCAGCUCUGGAAACUCCCAUUAGUCCAGAGGCAAAACACUGAGGAAUCCCCUCUGCGGUCACCUGCAGGAAUAUUCCACCACUUCCAUCAGCUGGGCCUGUAGCCCAGAGGAUUCCACUGAGGUGGGCUUUACUGCCUAAUUUUGAACCCGUCAAUACCAUCCACUGUGAGGAUGACAGUCCUGAUCUCUUUAUGGCAGCAGCACCCCUGGGACAAGCUAAAUUUGUGGGAUGAUAUCACAGGUAGAUUUCCCAGGUAAGUCUAACCAAGGUAUUGGUAUGAUAAUGGACAAGAAUGUUUCUUAGGUGGAAGGCUUAUAGGAGUGCUGCUCAUUUGUUCCUCACUUGACCAUUCUUUAAGAGGUGGGUUCCCCUGAACCCUUACUAAGGACCCAGCAUCCCAACAGUUGAAACCCUUUCCAUCUUUAAUGCUGUCCUGGCCUUACAUCACCAAGGCACACUUCAACACCUUGGGGUCACAGGGAGGCACAAGCAUGGGCAGGGUCUGCCCCUUGUUUCCCCAUCUGGUACUGGCUGAGGCCAACAAUGUUCAUGGGUGUAGGCGUUAUAAUCAACAGACUCAAGGCAUACAGGCACCAUGUUCACAGCAGCCUGGAGCAAUCAAGGUGAAACCAGGAGCUUGGUCCACACAGGGAGGGCGGCCCAAGUUUUUCAACAUUUUGGCUUCAGAAGAUGCUCCAUUACACACGCAAGACCCCAAAGCCAGCAGAGGAACUCCAGCUCUGGUGGUAGCUGAGAGGCCCCUGCAAGUGGCAGGUAGGUGCUCAUGUGCAGCAGAUGCCAGCCAAACCCCAAGCUUCCCAAAGUGGACACAGAAAGGGACUGUAUGUGUCCCCUUACAAUGGCUGAUUGGUGCGCCAAAGAGGAAACAACUUAGGUGGUCCUCAUGCACCCCACUGUCAUCCCAUGUGCCUUCUCACCCCCUCAGAAUGGAAAACAACACAGACUUCUUCAGACUUUACAUCUGACAAAACAACUGUUAGAUGUAUACUGUCUCCUUGGGUGAUUUUGCCUGUAUUGCAUUUAGAGUCAUUUGUUGUAUUAGGAGGGAAAAAAAAAACACAGUAAUUUGAACAAUUUAUAUCUUUAAUAUUAACAAUUAUAAUAGGAUUGGAGUAAUGAGGAAUUGGCUAAUAAAGAGUAGUGUAAGAGUCUAGGAGCAGCAGAUAAAUGAAGCAGCCACUACCCUUAGGGCUAAGAGGGAGGGUCUAAGGAAGAACAGCCACAGCUGAUAUUCAGACCUUUGGAGAGGGCAUGACCAUGGCUCGCUGAGUGGCAGAGAAGUCACGGUGCUGUGCUGUUGGAACUUGCUGGAAAUCUACCCUGUAGGGUGCUGGGAAAAUCUGUUCAAGGGAGCUGUCUUACGAGGGACACUCUGCUACCAACCACAAGGGGAGUGCUGGGGAAAAUGCUGGCGUCUGUACUGCUGCCCGGUGGGCACAGCGGGAGCCGGGCGCUGGACAGGCUGUGUGCUGUAAGCAAGCACACCAGACCCAGAAAGGAGAACAGCUUCCCUCUUGCAGUGUUUCACCAAUGUCCUCUAUUACCAAAGCUCAAUAUUAUGUUGAUUGGCAAAGGAAAACAUAUUCAGAGGUCCCAACCCAAUUUUUGCAGAGACAAUGAAGGAUGAAUAUGGAGCUAAGAAGAAAUAACUGCCACAUCAUCUGUGUGCUGAAGACUUCUGAAUUUAUACUCCUGCCCAGGCCUCUCCUUAGCCUCGAAUUAUACAUCCAAUAACCUGCUCAAUAUUGCUACUUAAAUAUCUAUUAGCCAUCUCAAACUUAAUUCAUCCAAAUGGAAUUCUUCAUUUCCCCUCCCCACCCCAUGUAGCUUCCUCAGUCCAUCUCUUCUGUCUCAGGAAAUGGCACCACCAGCCACCCAGUCAGCAAAAGCCUGAGCAUCACCUUUGACUCCCCUCCUUACCUCAGCUUCCACGUGCCAUCCAUCACCAAGUAAUGGAAUCCAUCUUCAAUAUGUAUCUUGAAAACAUUCACAAGUUUACUUGUCUGAAUCCCCAUCACUUCUCGCCCUGAUUCCUACAAAGGCAUCUGUUAGCCCUGAUUACCCCCUCUAGCCUCUUCUCCAGAACAGCCUUUCAAAAGGGUAGAUUCGAUCCUGCAAUAUGCCUACUUAAAAAUUAAAACCCUUUGUUUUAAGAAAGAAAUCGGCAAGACUUAACAUGUUUGUUCUGGUUCCUGCCUACCUCACCCUAUCCCAUGACCCUGUUCCUGGUUUCCAUCCUCCACCCUGGCCUUACAGUUCCUGCCCCAAGGUCCAGGUUCCCUCUGCCCAGAAUGACUUUCCUCCGGCCCUGCUCAUUCAUGGCUGGCUCAUUUCCAUACUUUUUAUUCCAGCUCAAAUAUCAAAUACUCAAUGACACCUCUGCCCACAUCAUCUAAAGUACACUCCCAUUACUAUCACAUCACCCUAUUUGUUUCCUUUGAGUGUUUUUUACCAAUAGCAAUUAUUUUGUUUAUAUUUCUAUUUCCUUUCAAAUAAGCUCCCUGAGGGCAGAGAUUUUGUCUGUUUACAACUAUAUCCCAAUGCUUAGAAUAGUGCCUGGAAAAGCGGUGCUCCAUCAAGGUCUGUCAAGUGAUCUGUCCAGUGUAUGGACAGAGACCUCUUAGGGCAUGUUAGUAUUACCAUGCCCUGUGAUUAAAGUAAAUGGAAAACAACAACAACCCAAUUCAGACAUAUGUUUGGGUCACCCCACCAGGCAGAGAUUAAAUACGAUUAAGUAUGAUUUCAGGAGAUGUGUAUGGGUAUCAAGUUGAUAAGGGGUGCAGUUGUGAUGGUUAAUUUUAUGUGUCAGCUUGGUCAGUCAAACACUAUUCUGCAUGUUUCUGUAACAAUGUUUUUGGAUGAGAUUUACAUUCAAAUCAGUGGCCUUCGAGUAAAGCAGAUAGCUCUCCAUUAUGUGGGUGGACCUCAUCCAAUCAGUUGAAGGCCUGCAUAGAACAAAAGGCUGACUUCUCCCAAGCAUGAAGAAUUUUGACAGCAGACUGCCUUCAGACUUCAGCUGCAACAUCGCCUCUUCCAGUUUCAGCAGACUGCCUGUGGACUUGAACUGCAUCUCUUUCCUGAGCCUGCUGGCCUCUCCAUCAUAUUUCGGACUCACCAAGCCUCCAAAAUUAUGUGACCCAAUUCUUUAAAAUAAUUAUCUUCUAUACCUUACUAUAUCUAUGUAUCCUAGGAUGUGUAUCUCCCUUCCUUUCAUUCAUACACACACAAGGUGCCAAAAAAAGUAUACACAUUUUAAGAAAGAAAAAAACUAUUCAAAUUAAGCUGA